AUGCCUUUUCUCAGGAUAAUAAAGCAACAGUCAGAGAUUCUUUGGGACCUGUUUGUGUCAGAACGGAAAGCUGGUCUGAAGAAUAUCUUGUGUCUGAUUUCACUUUGCCUUCUGAUGGGGCUGGGGACCAGUGGCAUUCUCUAUAUAUCUUUGCGAGCAUUACAUUGCAGCCUCAUAGUGAGGCUGGCAGUGUGUGGAAUCUUUACUGCCAUCAUUCCUGGGGCUUUGUUUCUGUCAAAGCACCUCAGAUGCUUCAUUCUAAUCAUCCUCACCUCAUGUGGAACACAGCAAGGAGGGAAUGCUCUAAUCACAGCUGGCACUGGUGUAGUGGUCUUCAACUGUGCCCAAAACAGCUUUCAUAACUUAAAAGAAUUGUCACAAUGCAUCGUCUGCUACUUGGAAUGUAAGGUGUCAUCUAUCAAAGAUCUUCUGGAAAGAUAUAUUAAAGUCAUUAACUGGUUGCCCAAGUCUCUAAAGGAGAAUGCACAAAAAUUAAAAAUUUCAAUUCCUUCCGAUGUUGUAACACAGAGAAUAGGUAAAGAGCUGCAAGCCUACCUCAAUGAAACCAGACGUCACUUGGAGAACCUCAGUCGUCACAUCAUAUCAACAUUUGACAGUGUUCUCAUGGUUUCCAAAAGUGUAAUAGCCACAUUUGGUCUUUUGCUGGUCUUAGUAGCCACUGGGCUGUAUAUCAGGAAGUAUUUACACAAUGCAGAGUUCGAAAAUGUAUUCAUCACCAAGCACUUUGUAGAGCUGGAAGAAAGGAAAAGCAAACAAGGGAAAGCUGUUGUGCUUCCACUCACAAAAAAAGAGAGAAAACAUUUAAUUAAGAUCCCAUCGCUGAAAUUAAUGGCAAAGGAAUGGAAAAACACUGUAAAAUUCUUUGCUCCUAUUUUGGCAAACCUGCUUCUUUGGGCAAUUAAUAUACUGAUUGAUUAUGGACUGUAUCUGCUCAUUUCUUCAAUAAGAAUACAUUUUGUGUCUCUGCCUACUAUGGACCUUAAUUUGUCCCCACAACAAUUGUUUCAAAUACGUAUUAUAAAAAUAAUAGUUAGUAGGUAGGAGAUGGGGGCAAAUAUUUCAUAUAGUGCACCUUUGUUUCCGAGUGAUUGCUUUCCUGAACCAACCCUUACAAUUAAUGACAUGUGGAUCCCACUCACUGCAAUAACGUCAGCCCUUGUGUUACUCACAUUGCUUUCUGCCAAACUUGCAACAUUGAAAAUAUUGAUCUUGUCAUCAUUUUACCCAGAAGCUCAAAGAGAUCGUGCAUACUUUUUGCAUGAAGAGAUAAUCAGGAAAAGAUCUUCAGAAAGAUUAAAAUGCAAUACCAAGAAGUCUUUGAAUGCGGUGGUUAACUCGGCACCUGAUACUAAAACCUUCCAAGAGUUGACUGAGUUGGUUAAGGAAUACUACAACCUUAAACCUCCUCUAAUCCUGAGACACUGUUGGUUUUAUUUAGCUGUUAGAGAAUCGGGGGAAUCCAUAUUGGGAUUUUUAAUAAGUUUAUGA